UUUUUUUCGCGAUCUCCCACAUUUAAAUCAGUCCACUACUCGACGGCAGCCGGUCCGGACGUUCUGUCGUGUCGUCUGGUCGUCUGGUCUGCGCGGUUUAGUGGUUGCGUGUGUUUCGGCAGCACGCAGUUCUUUCGAGUUGGUUGGUCGCUGGUGGUUUGUGUCUGCCAGAAGUCGGCAUUAAGCUUGCUGGACGAGUGCAAUCGGAAUCGGUGGUUUUUGGCAGCCGUGAAGGUAGUGCUGGUAUCGAUUCAAGUGUUUGAUGUAGGCGAGCUGAUCGGGGUGUGGGGGCUUUCUGGUAAAAGUGGCGUGUGUUAUACGAGUAAUACGAGAUGAGGCGAUGCUAAAUGGUGUGAUUAUCGAAGCCGGUUGCGUGUUGAUUUGGGUGACUCAAGCUGUGAACGGAUUCUGUUACGGAGUGAAAAUUGGAGUUCCUCGGUAGAGUGGUCUAAAGUGUCAAGUUACGGCUGGUUAGAAGAUUGUGUGAGGUUCCGUGAGUUUUUAGUAAGCUGCAAAACGUGCCACUAAUUUUACGUUUGAUUUAUUUACGGAUCGGAGCAGAUUGGCGGUACGACGCGAGCUGACGAUGAUCGUCCGGUGGCCAAAAAUGGUGCGACCCGCCAGCGGUUUGUUGCUGCUCUGCGCUUUGUUGGCCGUUUGGUUCGAUCUGUCCGAUGGUUGGCGUUAUGACAGAGUGCCUAGACUGUAUGGAGACAAGGUGCCGACGAAGGCAAUUUCGCCCCGAUUGCGCAAAGUCCAGCGGCGGAUCGUGAUGCUGCACGACUCGUACCGCACCAAGGUGGUACCGCCGGCCGCGAAUAUGCUAAACAUGAAAUGGCACCACGGUGCGGCCCGUUCCGCCCAGAAAUGGGCAAAUCAGUGCCGCGUCCUAACGCACGACACACCGAAGGGCCGUUGGAUCGACAAUUUCGGAGCCUGCGGUCAGAACAUCUUCGUCUCGACGCAUCGUGUACCUUGGAUGUUUGCCUUACGGACGUGGUUUUUGGAGCGGCAAAACUUCACGUACGGCUCCAGCCGGAAUGAUCUGGACAGCGUCGGGCACUACACGCAGAUGGUGUGGGCCGCCACGCACAAGGUCGGCUGCGGGCUGACCAAAUGUCCGAAGGGUGGCCCCCGGGGGAAACCGUUCUACAACUACGUCUGCAACUACUGCCCCAUCGGAAAUCAUGAGGAGAAACUGGGCCUACCGUACAAGCGGGGCCGCCCGUGUGGUUCCUGUAUGCCCAACUGUCUAUCCCGUAAAAUAAGACUCUGCACCAACUCGUGCAAUACCGCCGAUCUGUGGGCAAACUGUCGCGAUCUGUACCGGACCUGGCCCGGGUGGCUAUGCAAUACUGCCACGCCGGAGGGGCUGGAGCGCCAGCGGAACUGUGCGGCUACGUGCACUUGCCAAGGGAAGAUACACGACUGAACGGAGAUGGGUGAGGGUGGCCAAGGGGUGGUAAGGGUGGGAAUGGGGAGAGGGUGGGAAGGGGAAGGGAAUGUUGUACUUAAAAAUUAAGCUGUUUCGGCCAGUGCCAUUCGUAUGCUAGAGAAGAGAGGAGAACAAGGAGAACAGGCGGGAGAACG